UGAUUCACUUCAAAUGUUGACUAUUAUAUAUGAGACAAUACAUUUCAAUAAAUUGUACUGUUUCUUUCAACAUACCUUCUGAUGUUCAUUCAUGUGCUAUAUCUAGUUGUAAAGCAGAAGAGAUGAUCAGCUCUUGUGCGCUCGAUUCGCACCGCUGCUUAAAAUGAUGCACCACAGCGAUUAGCGAAUUUUGUGAAAAAUUACCGAAUUUGAAUGCUUAGACUUUGUUUCAUUUUCAAAGUAACAAAUCAUAAAGCUUAUAGCGAUUAUGGCAGACGCCCAUCGGAAGUUCUAAUUAAACGUCAUUAUUUCAGUCAAUGAUUUCAACCGAUUUACUUAGAUAUUUUCCUUUCAUCUUUACUAACUGGAGUUCAUUUCUAAGUCUAAUAGGUGAAUCUGCAACAUGGCCCUCCAUAGGGUCCCGUACGCCCAUGAUUGUGGGCUAUUUGCAUGAACGAAUGGAAAAGCACAUUAGCCGUUUUGUUCAUGCACCAGAAGAUGAAAGCCAUAAAACAACCCAGAUCACAAAAUAUACUCAGGCCAGUUCACAUUCUGACAUGCCAGAGACUUAACCUUUGCCCCGUUUCUGUAUGAAAAACUGGAGAUGUGCUGAUAUCAGGGCAACAUCCUUCUGAGCACUGCCUUCUUUAUGCUGAUUUUUAAGAAUCAUAAUCAGCUGUUUUUUAAUGACCUUGAGAUCGUAACUCCACAGUCAUCAGGGCUGAAAAAUACAGAGAUAAUAAAUGAGCAUUAAAUCAACUUGCAGCUUAUCGCCAUGAAGUGUUUGGUUUUGGACGACCACAAACUAACUAAAUAAAUGAAUAAACAUUUUUUAUGUUAAAAUUCUGCAGUUCCUCUAAAUUUAAAUGAGGAGUUUUUGUGAAUACUUACCAACAGCUUCUGUCUCCAUCUUCAGUUUUUUUUUCAUUUUGUGAUUUACUUUGAUAAAAAAAACUUAAGUUAAAAUACUUAAUUGUCCAUUAUCUGUGCUCUUUUUUUAAUAUUAAAUAUAACCGUAUCCCAUUUAAAUAGCAGCAAUACUGUUUUGCAAUACAACAUAAACACAAUAAGUACAUUGUACCUAACAUUUGUAUUUAACAUUAGUACAAAGUAGUUAAACAAGUACUAAAAUAUUGUAUAAAACACAAGACAUUUGAAUUUGUAGUACAAAAUAUUAAAAUAUAUACAAAUAUAUGAUGUUUGAGAGUGUAGAGACUAACUUAAACCAUCAAACAAGCUUUUUUGAAAAUGUGAAAGAUUUACUUCAUAAUCUAUUGAUUAUUGAACAAUAUUAAAUUUUUUUUUUUAGACAUUUUAUACCUAUUUUUAGAUACUUUCAGACUCAAUUGAGAUUUAUAUGCCCACUUAAAAUAAAAACACUAACUUUGUGUUUAAAUACUGACACUUUAUGAACUCAUACACUCUUUUUAAAUCACAUUUGUCACUAUUUGUCACUAUUUGCAUUUUAAUGUAAUUUAUAUCUGGUAUAAAAUGGUUUCUUCACCCAAACAUUAGACAAAAUCUCACACUCUUUAGUUGUUAUAUUUUCAGCACAUCAUUGGACAACAUACAUUUACCUCUGGACUUCUGUCAUCUUUUAUUAUUUUUAUAUAUUCUUCUAUAUGAAUUUCUAUGUACUGUGAUUUUAGACACUGGUGUGUGAACAUGACCUUUAUUUUGGUUUGUGAUGUGACGUGAUAAGGCUGCGUCGCGCUCCUGCAUCUGUUGUGGUUCGACUUAAGAAAGGUUGUCCAAAUACAGAAAAAACUCCUGGUGAAGCGACUGAAAUCACUAUUAUAAAGAUGGAGUUCAUUAAAGAAGAGAGUGAAGACGUGAAGAUUGAAGAAACUUUCAGAGUGAAACAAGAAGAUACUGAGGAACAAACAUUCAGAGUGAAAGAUGAAGAUACUGAGGAACAAACAAAGAUGGCAUUUAUUAAAGAGGAGAGUGAAGAAAUUAAGAUUAAAGAAACAUUCAGAGUGAAACAAGAAACAACUGAGGAACAAACAGAGUUGAGGGUGCUGAAGGAGGAGAGGGAAGUACUGAAUGAAAGGGAAGAGAAAGAACAAUAUGAGAAACAUCAUGAUUGCAUAACUGAAGAAAAAUAUUUUAGUUGCCCACAGACUGAAAAGACUUCCUCGCAAGAAAGAGCUCAAAACACUGGACCUAGAAGUUGUCUCACCGUUUUUCAAGUUGGAAAGAGUUUCAAUGAACAUGGAAACCUUACAGUCAUGAGAGUUCACACUGGAGAGAAGCCUUUCGUCUGCCAACAGUGUGAAAUAGGUUUCACCCAAAAAGGAAGCCUUAAAAGACACAUGAGAAUUCACACUGGAGAGAAACCUUUCACCUGCAAACAGUGUGGAAAGAGUUUCAACCAAAAAGGAAGCCUUAAAGUCCACAUGGAUGUUCACACUGGAGAAAAGCCUUACAUAUGCCCUUAUUGUGGAAAAUGUUUCAACCAAAAAGGAAACCUCAAUAACCACAAGAGAACACACUUGGGAGAGAAGCCUUACACAUGUCCUAAGUGUGGAAAGAGUUUUGAUCAACAUGUAAGCCUUAAAGGGGACCUAUUAUGUAAAAUUCACCUUUAAAUGGGAUUUGAACAUAUUUAUGUGGGUGUUUUUUUAUGCUGCCAAAAUCAGGAAAAGUGCCUCAAAUCGAGCCAUUCAGGGGUGCGUUUCCCAAAGCAAACUUUGGUCGCAAAUUCCGUCGUUACCAAUAGAGUUCAACAGGACUUGCGACCAUAGUUAGCUUUCGGGAAACUCACCCAUGGAAUGUUCUCUUUUCUGAUGUCGCAAACGGGAUAAGCCCCAUCCACGUCCAAAGGCAUUAAGUAACGGAAUACAAAUAUUUUGUUACUGUACUUAAGUUGCUGUUUUCUUUUUUUUUUUUUACUUUGAGUACUUUGUUUAAAUUCCUACAUUUUCAAGCUUAAUAAAUACUUUUACUCUGACAAGUCUUCUUGUCAUUCUGAU